AUGUUCACCGCCUUCUUUCUGAGGAGUGCCGUUGCGAUGAUAUGGCUGAGUUGCCUCCCGAUCGCAAUUUUGUCUGCUGCUGCCCGCGUUUUUGGCGCGAUUACGAGCCUUAUUUGCUGUGCUGGCUGCAUACUGCCUCGGGGACUAUCUGCGAACAGACCCUUGUUCUUGUGGAUCUUCCUUGUCGCUCUUCUCUGCACUCUUCCAGCGGUCGCUGCGGCACCGCCGGAAACCAGCGGGCCUCUGUCUCGUGGACUUUCUCCUGCUGAGAUCGCUGCUGCCCUCACCGCCGGUAGCGCUGUUCGAUCUGUUGCCACGCCCUGUCGCAGGCGUCUCGGUCACAUUCCCAGCCCUGCAGAUACUGGCCACCAUGCAAUUCCCCUUGCGACUGACCUGCUAAGACCCCGGCCACAGGCUGCCUCUUCUGCGGAUCCGCCCCUGCCGGGAUCUAGUCGCAUCUCACUUGCUGACACAGUGCCGGUUACCUCCUACCAAGCAUCUUGCCUGGGGUUGCAGUCCUGCUUGCCCAGUCAUGGCUUCGGCUACGAUCCUGACCUGGAUUGGCUGGACAAUGAUCUUUGCAGCCUGGUGGAGUCAGGUCGUGUGAAGGAGCCUGUCCUGGGCGCUGUCCUGCGUACUGUCUGCUGGCAUGAUGCUGGGCAGCCAGCCCCGGACUCCCUUGCCAUAUAUACUGACGGGUCGGCCCCAAGAGAUCCCUUGGAUCCUAGUCCCUGUGCUUGGUCCUUCAAUGUUUGGGCCCUCUGUGGCGGUGCUCGUUACUUUGUUGGACACUCCGAAGCGGUCGCGACGCACUUGGGCACCCCAUGGUACCUCGGGGAAUGCCGGCACGAUGCGUUGACUGCCGAACUUAUGGCUCUUUGUUGGGCUUUGGCAUGGCUGAUCGAGGUCGGCCACCGAUUUGCCGUUCCGGAGGUGGUGCUUUUGGAUCCUCCAAAUCGCCUGUGGGAGCAGAUAAAGAAUACCAACAGCUUUCCAGUCUUGCGGGUUCUUUGCGGCAUCUUGCCGCAGCGCUUCUUCCGCUACAUCACCAGCAGUCUGGGCAACGAGCUUGCGGAUCUCUUCUCGAAAUGGGUACGGUGCCUCUCGGAUGAUCCAUGGCAGCGCUGUCUGCCACAAUGGGUCUCUGCCUUCGCUGCCCACGAUCUCCGCCAAUGGGCUUGGACGUUCUUCUGUUCUGGCCCCGACAUGUUGUCGUGCUACACCUUUGAGUCUGAAGCUCGACGCCUCCAAUCGCACCGUGCCCUGCCUGCUGUUGCGCCCAUGCAGGGCAUUCGGACCACCACGCGCCCGGCUGAGGAUGUUAGAUGUGACCUCCGUGUGGUGUCGUUCAAUGUCCUUACCAUGCGUGACCCUACCCUCCCUGGCCACGGAGCUGUCACUACCACGCUUAGCAAUGAUGUGGGCUUUCGCCUCUUUGGCCGCAAACAUGUCUUGCAGCGCUCUCUGGAAGAGUACAGCCCGAACAUAGUCGGAUUCCAGGAGACCCGUCUUCCAGAUGACAUCACCCAGCAUGAUGACUCCUACUAUAUCUUUCAGUCUCGGGCCAACGACCAAGGUGUUGGAGGGUGCGCCUUGUGGCUUUCGCGGCGCAUUCCUUACGCCACUCAGGGCUCUGAAAGCCUUGUCUUCCACCCAUCUCAUGUCACUGUCGUUGGUUUCUCAUAUCGACAUCUGAUAGUGCAGAUUUCCGCACCCCGCCUUCAGCUUAUGGUUGCUGUGCUGCAUGCUCCGUCACUGUCGAAGCACCCCUAUGCCGAAGUUUCCUCCUUCUGGGACCAACGCUGCCGCGAGAUAUCCCGACGCCCCGACGGAUCUGACUUCUUGAUCUUAGUUGACGCCAAUGCGCGUCUUGGAAGCGCAGUUUCAGAUAGUGUGGGAGAUCAUGAUGGUGAGGAGGAACAGGAAGCGGGUUCCCUGUUCCACACAUUCGUCAUUCAGCUGGGAGGAUAUGUCCCAGCAACUUUCAGCGCACACCAUCAGGGGCCCUCCACCACGUGGCGGUCUGCCCUGGGCGGCCGUCAUAGGAUAGAUUACAUCGUUACCCCGCAAGCCUGGUCUACAUAUGGUCUCACCACCUCGGUUUUGCAGAACUUCGAGGCCCUACAGCUCCGAGAGGACCAUAAGCCGGUUGCCCUAAGCUGUGCUUUCGGGUAUAAGGGUAAGCCCACCUCUUACACUGACAGCCGUCGUCGUGCGAUCCGCCCUGGCCUCCCCCGUACCACUACAGAGUCUGCACGUGUCUCUGGUGCCUUUGCCCACAUUCCCUGCUUGCCUUGGUCCCUUGAUGUGGACCUGCACUGUCAGGUUCUCUCCCAGUCCUGGUGUGCUGCCGGCACGCAGCUUCUUGAUGAUGCUGCGAUUGCUCCGCGUGCUCCUUAUGUGCCCCCUGAGGCCCUCCCGAUUAUCCAACGUCGCCGGGCUCUCUGUGUCUAUCUCCGGCAGGAGGAGAAAGAGACCUGCCGUCGGCGUCUUCUCAUCGGUUUUGCCGCCUUCCGGCUGGCAUGUUCCGGUGGACGGUUUACAGCUGCUGCUAGGGCCACUGCGGAUCAUUGGAUCGCGGCCAUGGACCACAGCAUUGCUGUUGCAUGGGCCUAUUUCCGUGAUCACGGGUUGCAGUUGCGCCGCCUUGCAGCCAUUCGCCGGGCAUUUCCCGCUGCCCGGUCCGCUAAGAGAUCCGGCACUUGCCCUCUUCCAGCCCUGGAACUUCCCUCCGGUGAACUUGCAACUACUGCAUCUGAACGUGCGGCUUGUUGGAGGAACCAUUUCGCGGAUCAGGAGGCAGGCGUUGAGGUCACACCCUCUGAGUAUGUUGCUGCCUUCCAGCAGUAUCAUAGGCCAUGUGAGCACUUUGUCUUCGAUGCUUCUGUUCUUCCUGGUCUGCUCCAAACGGAGUCCAUAAUCCUUUCAUUGAAGAACGGCAAGGCGUGUGGGCCCGACGGUGUCACGGCUGAGAUUCUGAAACUCCGUCCUGCCUUGUCGGCUAGGGAACUUCUCCCUCUGAUGCUGAAAUCUUCCCUCUCCAUCCGCGAGCCAGUCGCGUGGCGAGGUGGCGACUUGGUUUUGGUUGCCAAAAAAGCCGGCGUUGCACUCACCUGCUCUCACUACCGCUCAGUCCUGGUUGCCAAUGUUAUGGGGAAGGUCUACCAUCGUGGCAUACGCUCCCAUCUCACCCCUCUUCUCGAAGAGAGUCAGCCUCCCUUGAUGGCUGGUGCCACCGCCGGAGCUGGCAUUGAGAUUCCGGUCCUUGCCAUCAAAAGCUUUCAGCUUUUGAUGGGCGCACAACGUCGCCCCUGGGCGGUUGUCUUUUUUGACUUGCAAACUGCAUACUACGCGGUUCUCCGCCAAACGAUAGCUGGCAAUGUGGAGUCUGAUGCUUCCUUGUUGCAGCUUCUGCACAAGCUUCGUCUUCCCCCGCAAGCUCUCACGGAACUGAAAGACAAGCUUCAUCUCCUUGCAGAGCUCCCGACUCUUGGAGCGUCUGAACACCUCCACUCCCUGGUGCGUGACCUAUUUACAGGAACAUGGUUUAGAGUCAGCGGGGACGCUGUUCUCACGCUUACGAAGCGGGGAUCUCGCCCUGGAGACCCGCUUGCCGAUGCUUUGUUUGCUGUCACCCUGUCGGCCUACCUCAAGUCGGUGUCGCAGGCCCUUGGGGAGGCGGACAUGCUCCCCGAUUUGCCGCACUGCCGGAACCGCCCCCUGUGGGCGGACGACGACUCUGCGUCAUGUCUCGGAAGUCCAGCAUGGGCAGAUGAUUUCACGCUCCCACAAACUGGGACCUCACAUACAGACCUUGUAGUGAGAGUUGCUCGCUGCACCCAGCUAGUGGUGACCCACGGGCGUUCCCUGGGGAUGACGAUUAAGUUCGGAGUGGAUAAGACCGCCGCCUUGUGCUGCUCCUCGGUGGAACGGUUUGCCAUGCCUCAGUUUCAGGUUAACGACGAAGGCCUUCACCUGUUGCCCGCCUUGUUCAUCUGCCUAUCUUACCGCCAUCUCGGGGGUAUUGUCGUCUCGAAUUGUGCAACUGCCCCGGAUUUGCACUUUCGUUACUCUCGUGCUGCGGGGCUGGCUCGUUCUCUCCGGCGCAGGCUGUUUUCUUCUCCGGCUUUCGAUUUGGCCACCAGGCGUGUUCUUCUGCGUUCCUUGGUGGUGUCGAAGUUUGUUCACACAAGUGCUUCACUUGUGUUGCGCACUGCUGAGAGCAACCGCCUCUGGGAAAGGUACUAUGUUGCGCUCUUGCGUAACCUUCUCAAGCGUGUCUCCGCAGAGAAGCAGGCACAUUCCUACGAAGUACUUCGUACUGCCAGGGCUGCUUCUCCGCCGCUUGCUUUGGCUAAGGCGCGCGCACAGUUCCUUGUCCGGCUCUUCCGGAAUGGACCGCUAGCGCUGAGGGUUUUCCUUCAUGAUCACUGGGUCACGCAUCCUGCCUCGUCCUGGUUAGGACAGCUUGAGUCCGACGUUCGCUGUGUCGGUGCUUUCGUGCCCACGGCUCUUACCUUUUUUCGGCCACAGCACCUUGUUGCUGAUCUGCUUGAAGCCACCUUUGAACGGCCCAAGUGGUGGCUGCAGCAGGUGACCGCCGCUGAAAGGGCCUUCCUUUUGGACCUCGAGGCUUGGCGUGUCCAGCGGUUGCACAGUGUCGCCGACCGGCGCCCAACUGUCCCUCGUCCUUUCAUCUGCGAUACAUGCGGUGAUGGAUUUGUGCUCCGCAAACAUCUGCAUGCACAUAUGGCCCGAUCACACCGGCAAUUUGCCCCUGCCCGCCAUUAUGCCGUAUCCGAUACCUGCAUUUCUUGCAUAAAGUGGUUUCGGAACGUGACUCAGGUCCAGAUGCAUCUCCGACACGCUCCUGAGUGCCUUAGGCGCGCCAGUCGCCUCAUCCCCCCGCUGUCGAUCGAGGAUGUGCGUCGACUGGAGGCGCCAGACAAGCAACGACAGAAGCUCAUCGCGGCUGGCCGUUGGCAAGCCUUCCAGGCGCUCCCAGGUCCUCGUCCGGCGCCCGUGACCUUCGGACCACGCCUGCCAACCGCGGCUGAACGCAGGCCGGACAAUUACCUCUCCGAGGAUGUGGAUCUCGCUUCCCUGGUGGUUCGAUUUGAGCCCCGCGAGAGCGACAUAGCCUGGGUCGAUCGCCACAUCGCCUCGGCUAGUGUGGAGGGUGUCCGCGAGUCUGCGUGUCGUUUCUGGCUGAAAAAGCCCUCUUUGUCUCACCAGAAUUCCUAG